CUUUCACAAGACGACACCUGCGUAAGUUUCUUCUAAGCUAGACGAUUAACGCAUGUAUGUCCUUAUUGUGUUAAUAUCGUUCAUUCUAAGUAUUAUCACGAGUCGUCCCGAGAUUUUAUGACGCUUUGAUGAGAUAGCCAUCUUUAACAUUGCGUAGUUAUUUGAUGGUCUAGCCUCUGUUCGCUUAGGCUUGGUUGUCAGUUGUCGACUUACACGGCAACUAAUCCCUCUGACGAUUAUACAACUCGGCAGCUAUACACUAUUGCCGCAUGAACCUUUCGAAUCGGCGAGUACAUGAAUACAAUGAUACAUGAGCUCUUUUCAAAAGCCCUAGACGACUAAGCAAUCACCAAAUUUACAGAUUCUUUCCUCAUUCUUUAGAGUGCCUUCUCUUCUAAAUUCACAACCACUAUUUACUUGACCUCUCAUUCCUACCCUAGGUAUUUUACCUAAUAUUUUCUCAUCUUUCUUCCUCCCAGCUCUACGAGAAAGCAAAAGUUCUCUUUUCAGUCCGGACAUCUUGAUCGGUGCGAGUGUUCCUGCCCAACGAAUAUACAGGCACCGUUUCCCCCCUCUUCUACAAAUAUAUUACGCUCGUCUUCUCGAACCACACAUAACCUUGUUCAACUCCUCUCUUCUACCGCAAUGAACAACCCCUCCCCCUCAUCCGCCAUGGGUUCGGACGACGAAAUAUCAACUUUUCGUAUCGUGAAAAGUGAUGGAGUAGUAGUCUCCGAAGACCGCGUGUCACACAAAAGAGCAAAUCCAAGUUCCGAAGACAACUGGCUACGUAAACUCGGAGAGAUGUUAGGCUCACAAUUCUACCCCAAAUCAAGCCAUAAAUUCAUCCUAGAGGCGUUCCCGAAAAACUACACUCUCCGACAGAAAUUCCGAGAAGCCAAAAGUACUUCCGACGCAGCCUCUUCUGAUACAGUUGUAGGUAAAGUCGUUUCGGACUGCUACCUCUAUGGAUAUCCAGAUCUCGGGACCAAAGGCCGUAGCAAGGCCUCGCUCAAGAACUACAGAUCUCCGGCUGAAUUCUUUGACCACUUGUUGUGGUUGGUAACUGAUGGCGAAGACCGAUCCAAGUGCUAUUGCAAGCAUUGCAAGUCACACAACAGUUCUCAAACAAAGACACCGACUGCGAAGGUUCAGAUUCCGACUAAAUCCGGCCCUGCCGCGAAACUGUCGGGAUCGCUCGGUGGUAAUUCCCCAGCACAGUCCGCUACGACGUCUACCGCGUCCAGUCCGGCACCCAGCGGCCCCUCGGGAGCCUCAGUAACUUCAGGAACCUCAGGAACUUCAGGAACUUCAGGAACUUCGGCCCAAAGAGUCGCCUCUGCCGCAUUGACAACACAAGCAGCGACAAGUCCUGUCCCAGUGGUGCUUCAACAUGACGAGCCUCCGCUCUUUAGGGAGGGAGAAGUCGUGUGGUACAUCUUACACCCUUCCUUCCGCUUGGGGCUUGUCAUACAAAAUCUGCCUAGCAAUCCAGCUACCUCGACUCCUGCUAUGCAUAAAAUAAAACCUUUGUCGCACUCCCUAAGAGCCCUUGGCGAUGUUAUACAGCCCGAGGCUGAUAUGAGGCCAUUCCUGGCGUUUAGUGUCCCCGCUCCUCAUCCAAUCCUCGACAAGUUCGCCAACCACCCUAUAGAAGCGAUCCCGUGGGAUGCACUAGAGGCCCAGGUCAGCAAGAUAGACGGAGCACUAAGCGUUGAAGCCUCCAAAGUAGGCGCAAGUCGUGUCGACCACUCGUAUUCUCUGUUCAACCCCCUCAUGGACCCUACGCUCCAACCUAACCAACAGAGUUUCGGCGGUGUGUUCUUUGGUUGCGAAAAGAUCUGCGCGUUUGAGGCCAUCCGAGUACGGCUCGAGCAGGCUGAGCAUCCGGAGUGGGAUAAUCCCGAGCUUCCCUUCGCUAUGGUAGUUAGGAAAAUUGUGCUGGAGGGAACAGACAAGGGAGAAGAGCUCUUUUUCCACGGCGACCUCUGGCUCCUGCAGGAAACCGAUUCGCCGACCCACGGAGAUACACUGAAAUAUGUCACCCAGGCCAUGGUCCGCGAGAAAAUGUUUCGAGACAGGGUGAAGCACGCAUCGAACACACAUUUCGAGUGGGUCCUGAUCCAGAAUCCCAUCAAGAAGUCCGAGGCGUACGUCCGAGGACGAUUCCACGAGUCAGAGAAGCUAGGCCCGUUGCUCGACACAAACUGGGCCGCAACGGUACAGCAGGGACACUUCAUGCCCGCCCAUCAUAAGUCUCUAAAUAACCGCGGCGACUCCAAGAGCUUCAACGUCGGUCGAAAGGAAUCGCGUUCGGAUACAUUCGCCGGCAUCUUCCCACCGGGCACAGUCCUAUCUUUCGGACCUGACGUCGUGGAGCGGCCUGGAAACGCUUACCAUCCUCAUUAAUCAUAUAGUACUGCGAUAGAUGAGACCCUCGUGAUUGCAUGGCCGUCGUUUAAGGUUACGAUGGAUUGGUUGGUCGGUGGCUUUGCAUAGGUAUCCAGCAUAACACCGGCGCUGAAAAUGAAGUUCGUCGUCUCCGAUGGUGGAGGCAAAGACAGAGCACGAUCAGGAUAAGGGGGAUGGUAUCAUCAUUCAUGGUUUUUAUUAGGUUUCUUUUUCUUUUGGACUCACCCCUUAGUGGCAGGAUUUGUUGCCUGCCAACGGGAUAGUUUCCAUGCUCAUUUCACAGUCUACCAUCUACUGGGCUUUUCUUCGCUUUAGCAAAGUACCUAAGGCAAUUAAGGUCCAGUACGCGCUGGUCUAACCCUCUUAAUUAGGUAUUCUAGAAUCAAUGCAAAAUGUUAGAGUUUAACCCGACAUCGAUAAUCAUCUAAGC